CGCCGGCGUGAAUUCCGGCGCCGGACGGACCCAGGUGACAGAGCCGCUGUUGCUUCCAUCGCUAGGGCCCGGGACCUCUCCUCGGAGGAGGUGAGUCGUGACCUUUUCUUCAGCCUGCGGCUCAUUUUUCCGAAAUCUACUCCGUCUAGCUCCCUCCGCUUUCCUGGAUCGCGCUCGCUUUCCUCCGCUCGUGACUUCCCAGGGAGUCUGCGUCUCCUGGGCGCCCAGCUCGCGCCUCCAUCCCUCCCACCUCCCCAAACUGUACUCGAAAACCUAGAAGAAACCUACUCCAGGUGUCCUGAGCACACAAGAGACUAGCGGGCAGGAAGGAAAAUGGGGAAGGGCACCCCUCCGAGUGGCAGCCGCGGGUGGUGCGCGCUCUCCUGAGGGACGACUCACGGGCGCUGUUUGUUGCCCACUCUCGGAGCAAGGGCGGCGGGUUGCACACGUUGGAGCGGGUGCCUUUGGAGAGGAAACUUGAUGCGUGAUGCUCCGAAGUUGGGUCCCGGAUCCCGGAGCACGCGUGUCUUUGGCGGAUCGUGGAGAACUCCUUCGAAACUUUCGGAUUACUCCCGGAGUGGGGCGCGGAACGCGCUUUCUGGGUGUUGUAGCUGGGGAGCGUCCCUGGAGAGAGAGUCGCUUGGACGCAAGUUUGCUGUGUUUACAAUGCUAGCGGGGACCAUUCACUCGAGCUAGGCUGCAGUAUGUGUGCUGAGCGGCUUCUGUCGGGAAUUCUUUAUUUCACUCUUCCUAAGAGACUGCCUUUGGAGGCAAUGAGUGACUAGAGGCUCUGCUUCUUUUGCAUAUAGUGGAGGAAAAACCUAGUCUUAUUUUGGAAUCUUUGACAUAAUAAAAAGACUGUGCCUGGUCUUCCUGCCCCGGGGAAGAACACUGAAGAAGAGGAUAACUAUGGGGAAGAUAAUAAAUAAAGAUUCAAAGAAUAUUAAGAAGGAAAAACAAGGAAAAAAUCACUCAAACAAUCUUCCUGUGCAGAAUGAACAUUUUAACUGGGACAGUUACUUGAGAGAGACUGGAUCUUUAGCUGCUCCAUCACAGUGUUUCAGACAGUCCAAAAUCCCACCUACUAAUGACUUCAAAGUUGGCAUGAAAUUGGAAGCACGUGACCCACGAAAUGUCACUUCUGUCUGCAUUGCCACCGUCAUUGGAAUUACUGGUGCCAGAUUACGAUUGCGGUUGGAUGGCAGUGACAAUAAAAAUGACUUCUGGAGGCUUGUAGAUUCUUCCGAUAUACAGCCCAUUGGAACUUGUGAAAAGAAAGGAGGCAUGCUUCAGCCUCCUCUGGGAUUUCAGAUGAAUGCAUCAUCUUGGCCAAUGUUCCUCUUAAGAACAUUAAAUGGAGCUGAAAUGGCACCUGCAGCAUUCUUUAAAAAGGAACCACCCAAACCAGCUCCAAAUCUUUUAAAAACUGGAAUGAAACUUGAAGCAAUAGAUAAAAAGAAUCCAUAUUUGAUCUGCCCAGCAACUGUUGGAGAUGUUAAAGGAGAUGACGUUUUUAUUACAUUUGAUGGUUGGAGAGGAGCAUUUGAUUAUUGGUGCAGAUAUGAUUCUCGAGAUAUCUUCCCAGUUGGGUGGUGUGGCUUAACAGGAGAUGCAUUACAACCACCAGGAAAUAAUGUUUCCAUUACAAAGAGUAGUGCAAAAACACAAUCUUCCCCUUCCAAAGUGACUCGGCGUUCAAUGCAGUCUCCACAGAAAACUGCUCCAAUAUCAGCACAGCGGGGCAAGAAACCAGGUCGGGCUAAACCACCUGGACAGACUUCAGUCCCCAAGAAGGGCAGGUCUCCUAAAAAUGUUUCCCUGACAAAAACCAUCUCUCACACUGAAAAUCUCAAAACAAGAAAAAAAGGCCUAAAACCAGGAAGAAAGAAAAAAAUUCAUGCAGUGCCAUGUUCUCCUUCAUCUACUGCUCAUAUAAAUUUGUCCAACUUAAGCAAUAGCAAUCCAGUCAUUUUUAAAGAUGGAAUUGGUAUUCCUGGGACAACUGCUGCAGUUAUAUCUACAGUUUGUGUUUAUGUGAACAAACAUGGAAAUUCUGGACCUCACCUGGACAAAAAAAAAGUACAACUCCUUCCUGAUCACUUUGGACCGGGACCUGUUAAUGUGGUACUUCGUCAGGCUGUUCAAGCUUGUGUAGAUUGUGCCCAUCAAGUUAAAAUGGUUUUUGGAUUCCUUAAAUCAGGACAUCAUGGAGGAGAAACGAUAACUGCAUCCUUUGAUGGGGAAAAACAUGCCACCAAUCUUCCUUCUGUGAACAGUGCAUCAUUUGUUCUUCGUUUUCUGGAGAAACUUUGCCACAGUCUGCAGUGUGAUAACCUUUUUAGUAGUCAGCCUUUCAGCCCUUAUAUGGGAACUGCUCACAGUCCUACAGAUUAUGAUAGAAAUAAACCAGCAAAAGAAGAAAUAUCAGAAAAUAGGGGUACUAAAAGAUAUUCUCAGGAUUCUCCACCCUAUGCUGCUCCUCUUUCCCCUAAGCUUCCUAGAACAGAAGUGCAUGCAUCUGAAGCCGAAAUAUUGCCAUCUGAAGAAAAUGGCAUGCCUAAAGAGCACAGAUUUUCUGAACAAUCCAUGGAUUCAUCACUGAAUUCAGGCAAUCCUGUAAGCCCUGCCUAUAGAAAUCCUACAAACUGUCGUACCUCAACAAGUACUACAUAUUAUAGAAAUUCUCUUCAAUCAGUAACUACUACCUCAAACUCAGUGCCAAUGUUACACAAACUGUCAUUGAAUCCUGCUGGGAACAAUUAUUAUGAAGGCAACAGGAGACGGAUGCAAAGGAGGAUUGAAGCUGCAAGUUCGACAACUGGACCAGAUCUCAAUGUACUGAAACGGGAACCUUCAAGAGGAUCCAAUAAAGAUCCCUCAAAUUGGUCUAUAGAUGAAGUAAUGCGAUUUGUGAAAGAAGCUGAUCCUCAGGCAUUGGCACCACAUGCAGAGCUGUUCAGGAGACAUGAAAUUGAUGGGAAAGCACUUCUAUUGUUGAGGAGUGAUAUGAUAAUGAGAUAUAUGGGACUAAAGUUGGGACCUGCAUUAAAGCUCUGUUACCAUAUUGAAAGACUCAAACAAGGAAAGUAUUAGCCAGUGAGACACACAAAGAUUAUUGUAUUUUUCUGAUUGGACUGAUUUCUCAGGUUUACAGAUACCAUUUUUAUUUUAAAAUAUUUUGUCAUGGUAUCAACUUCUCAGUUUGCAGACUCUUAAAAUGUGAUAUUUCUACUAUUUUCAGGAAAUGAUUUUAUUGUAGCAUUUCAAAAUUCAUUCAACUGACUCUUUGCUGGCAGUUAUUCAGGAUUUAUUUUUUAGAAUACUUUGAUAAAUAUAAUAGCUGUUGUAAGAAAUGUACAAGCACACAUUAACUUUAACUGAUUUCACAUUGAGAACCAAAAUAGCUGAAUCCCAAAGGAUUAAAAAAACAAAACAAACAAUAAAAUCAGAAUUGCAAGGAUUUAUUAACUUUUAUAGUUGUGGCUACAGAAAUUUUGCCAUAGAAUUUAAAAAUACAGAUGUGAAUCUUAUCUCUUUCUUGAUAAUCAUUUUCUAAACCUUCAGUGGUCAAUUUGAUUAUACUUUUAAAUGAUUUUUCAGAAAGGGAAUUAAACUUGUGAAUUGUGUUUUUUAAGCAGACAUAAGCUUUUUAGAAGUAUGAUCAUUCUUGAGAGAAAUACAAUUAUCAUAUUCAAUCAAUAUUUAUAUUACUUGGAAAGAUUUUCUUUAAUAGUGAACUGUUGUAAGAUGAAAAAUUCAAGAUUCCUUAUAAAUGAUACACUUCCUAUUUAAAAGUAUUCCAUCUUUUUGCUAAGUUUGAGAAUGGGAACAUAUUCGUCUCUUACACCCAUGUAUACGGAGAUAUACGUCUUGUUUGAUUUUAAAUAUAUAUAUAUAUAUAUAUAUAUAUAUAUAUAUUUUGCAUAUACAAUACCAUAUUUUUAUUUUAUCUAUAUAUCUGUAAGUGUACAUCCAAGUAAAACCUUUGUUUCUUAUGGUUUUAAAAUGGCACUCUGUACUACCAAAAUAGUAAUAAUAAACUAUGUAAUUUUAUUUUUAUUAUUUUUGGGGGGGAGGUUGGGAGAAACUGCAUCAUUUGCCAUCAUGAGUGUAUCUCCACUUAGUUUCCAAGACUAUAAGAAACAAUCAGAUUCGUUUUCAUGAAGGGAAAUUCUGUGCUCUACACAAAAAUUCAUGUAGUAUCCAAUUCCAAAUCAUUUUUAUCCUGGAAUACACAUUUAUUAUAUUAUUUGCCUCUCUUUUGGUUUUAAUUUAAAGAUUAUGUUUUUCAUAAAGAAAUGGUGCUUUGUGUAUUACUCAUCUUUAUUGCUUUACAUAAAGUUUUGUGCUGUUUAUAUAAGCUAUGAUGUUUUCCCAGUAGUAUAAACUGCCAAUACCAUUUACAUCAGGGACAAGAAUGUACUUAAUACUAGGGCCUCUAUUUGCUGGGGAAAAUGUAAUCUCAAAUGAUAACUUUUAUAAUGUUUAUUACAUUUUUUGUAAAAGAUUUCUUGUCAAAAUUUGUAUUUUUGCAAAUUGCUUUUUUGAGAAUGCUUUGCUUUAGUUAAAAACAUCUUCAGGUUAUCGAAUGAAUAUUGCAAUAUUAUAUAGUUAAACAGUGUUAAAUGGUCAGAUUUCACAUUUUAAAUGUCAUCCAUGUAAUUUUAAUGUAGCUAGUAAUUUUUGAAGAAUUUUUUUACUAUAGAUGCAUCAUUUGAGUUAUGUUGUAUCAACCAAUUUGUAAAGUGUCCAGUAUAUAUUUGCUCAAAGACAUAAAAUACAUUUAAAGUAUAGUAUAUUUUUCUGAUUAGAAAAUUUGUUGAUGAUUUUGUUAUCAAAACUUCAGGCAUUGUUGAUUUGUGCAUAUCACAUUGCAUUAAUGUGUGGAUUUAUUUUAGAUAUUAGCAAAAUAAGUGCCCCCACUAAAGGGUUAAAUUUCUGCAUUUCUCAUAGAGUUGAAUUUAUUUUUUAAUUAAAAUUAUCUUUUAGGUAAAUAGGUAAUUUCCCUAGGAACGAAAUGUUUAUUUAUUUGUUGGAAGCAUAUCAACUUGGGCAUAAGAGUACCAUUUGGGAAAUUACAUGUAUUGUCUUCGAUCUCAAAAGUGGUGCUAUUGGCAAGAAUGCUUAUUUAUCUCUGCAAGUGGAAUUGAAAAAUCUAAGAUAGCAAUAGUGAUAUUUCACUGAGUUUCAUAUAGGGAUCUUAUACUGCUUUGCAGCUCUAACUUCUUUUCUAUUAAAAAGUUGAUGAAGUUUCAUCAUCUGAUACAGUUUGGUAACAUUCAUCCAACUAUGAGAUAAAUCUGUAAGUCUAAAGAUAAAAAGAGAAGAUUAUGGUGUAUGUGUGACCAAACUCAGUUUCUAGAGUGACUGCAUCUUCUUAUGGUUUGCUCACAGUUAAUAUCUUUGUUAUUAGCUUGCUGCAUAUAGUUCUUUUUUUUUUUUUUUUUUUUUGCUUUAUUCCCUGCCUUUAUCAAGUUGCUUGAAGUUUCACUUCAUAUUGUCCUCAAGCUGUUUUAUUGCCUGCCUUUCUUGUAAUUGUCAUAUAUCAGUCCACUUGAAGUGGACUGAUAUAUGACAAUUACAAUGUGAUAGUUUAUCAAAGUAAGAUUUCUUUAUAGUAGGUCUUGGCUUAAUCAUAAGCUCAGACUCUGCAUUGUCCAUUUUCUCAUUUGGCUACUUAAGAUACCAGGAGGGACAGAAUAUCAUAUUAAAAAAAUUUUUUUUUCCCAGAGAAAUUUGCAAAUAUAUUACAGAUUAGAAAAAUUUGUAAGAAAAUUAUAAGCUCAUAUUAAUUUGCAUGUCCUUUGUUAAAUCUCAACUGCAGUUGUUUAAAGUAAGUUGAUAAAAAUUGUAUCUGUACCAGGUGAUUAGUGUUUGGCAAAUGAAUCAAAAAUAUAUCGAAUAUGGAACCAUAGUGAUCAUAAAGAGUCAAUUCACAUGAGCAUAGUAAGCAGUUUACUUCUUCCAAGAAGGACCAAGGUAAAUAUAUCAUUGUGCAAAUAAAUAAUACUCUAUUAGAAAAUUUGCCUUAUUUUUUUAUUUCUACAGACUGUGCAAAAUCUUUUGUUUAUGAAUGCAGAUAUGACAUGAAUCACUUUUGUUUAUUCCAUUACCAUUAUUUCACACUGUAUUAUAGCAUGAUCCCUAAGUAUAAAAAAUAUAUUUUUAAAUGUAAUUUCAACAGGGAUGUUGUAUAGAAAAAUUAAUAAAGU